AUGUUUGAGAUAUUGCCGAGUAUCUUAUUCUUAUUACUUGGAUCACUAGUGCUUAUUCUUCGUUACAGACGUAAUAAAAUGAAAAGUCAUAUAAAAAUAUUUUGUGGUGGACGAGGCGCAAAAUUGAUUAAUGGGUUUCCCCUAGAAGAAGAAGAAGAAGAAGACCGUUUAAUGAUUGUUUUAUUAUUUAUCAAUCCGUGGCUAGUAGUACAUAAAAAAUCCUGUUUUAUAUAUUACGAAUCAGAAAUUCCUAUAGCCUUCAUGCUUCUGAGUGAUGUGAAUCAUGACCCGUUUAAUCGAGAACCUCAACCCAUAUUUUUAAAUUUCAUUUACGUAAGACCUGAAUAUCGCCGAAUGGGCUAUGCGUCUAAGUUGUUAGUUUUUGCUAGAAGAUCAAAUAUUCGAUUAACAUCGUUUUGUUUAACUAAUGCGUCUGAAAAAUUGUUUAAAAAGCACAUGUAUCUCAAUAAAGGAUAUCUUAACGCCGUUACAAUUUGCGUGUCGCAUGAUGACUCGUAA